GAGGAUUUUCGACUCGGCCGUUUGUAAGGAGUGUCCAGCGUCAGAGCUUGUCAUCUAGAUCUUCUGUCACCAGCCCACUGGCAGUGAGUGAGAAUGGUGUCAGGCCCUCCUGGUCGCUCUCUGCCAAACUGCAGUUCCGCUCCAACUCUCCGUCGCGCUUCUCUGGAGAUUCCCCUGUGCACACCUCUGCUUCCACCCUGGAGAAGAUUGGGGAGGCUGCCGAUGAUAAAGUCUCCACCUCUUGCUUUGGCAGCCUGAGGAAUCUCUCUAGCAGCUACUUAGAGCCCUGCGAUGGCAGCCGGCGAGAGCACAGGACGGCUCGCAGAGCUCCUUUGGCUGUCAUGGAAGGGGCGUUCAGGGAAGAGUCUGUUGUAAGGACAUCUAGCUCAGAUCUCUCAGAUGGGUAUGGUAAAAGCCCUGUGCAGCCAGACAAGAAUCAUCCUGCUUUGGACCCUUUUGAUAACAACAAUCAAAUCGCCUUCGUUGACCAGAGUGAUUCUGUGGAUAGCUCUCCAGUCAAGGAGGUGAAAGCCCCCAGUGGGACAGGGCUGGCUGCAGAGAAGGCAGAUGGCACCCCCAGGAAGGUUCACAGCUCCAAGGGAGUUUCUGAGCCAGACAGAAGUCUGAGGAAGGGAAGGACAGUCUUAUCUACUCAAGAGACCAAAGUGUCUCACUCUUCUCCUCCACCACUGAAGAGUUCCCAGAAAGUUUCCCGGUCUAGAAGUAAGGUGGACUCCUCUAGGGCCAGCGGGCGACACGGGUCUCCCGCUCCCACUCAGGCCAGGAAGGAGCACGGCACGAAGCCCCUUGAGGUCACUGUCCCAUCGGCUCAACAGAAGCAGAAGUCGGGCUCCCCAUCCUCCGCAGCUGCCAAGAAAACCCCGUCAGGCUCAUUGACUAAGGGCUCUUCUGCCGGGAAGAGCCGGACUUCAGAGCGGAGCCUCAGCAGGGAGGGCUCCAAGGUCAGCCUGGGGUCGGACAAGACGAGCGUUACCAGCAGCUCGAGGACGAGCUCCCCACGGAUCAGCCACUCCAGGAGUGAGAGCAGGGCAGGGGACAGCAAGCACGUGCGGAGUUCCUCCAUGGCCAACCUGCGCUCUCCCAACGUCGGCGCGCGUUCCGGUUUGAAGAGGGACAGCAAGUCAGAAGAGAAGGGGUUGUCUUUCUUUAAAUCGGCCUUAAGGCAGAAGGAGACUCGGAGGUCAGCAGACCUGGGAAAGACAACCAUGCUGUCCAAAAAGACAGGGAGUGGCGGUUCCAAGUCAGGCAGUAAAAAUGUGCUGGAAGACAAAUCGGAGAAAGGUGUUGUCCCACCAGCCUCUCAAACCAAUGCCAAUGUUACUGCAAAAGAAAAACUUGUCCCAAAAGAUGCCACACCCAACAAACAUUCUCUGCUAUCGAGUCGCAAGUCCAAGUCUUCCCAGCUAGAUCCCGGAGUCCAGUCUCCUCCUUCCAGUGGCAAGCAGUCUGCUGACAAGCCACUGAAAAAAUUACCUUCCAGCAUGCAGGUGUCUGUACGGCCUUCUCUGGAACCUCAGUGA